AUAUUGCCACUGCUCGAAAAUGCUCCGGUCCGCAACACUCGCAGCUCUGCUUUGUUGCCUCUUUGGAGUCGAGGCAACCGAAGAAUCCCCAAGAAUCAUUAUUAUCGGGUCCGGCCCUUCGGGCCUAGCGGCUGGUACCCGACUUUUGGAAAAUGGAUUUAACAAUUUAACCAUCCUUGAAGCCGAAGAUCGAAUCGGUGGCAGACUCUAUGGAAAAGAAUUCUGUGGGCUCAUGGUCGACAUUGGUGGUCAAUGGGUAACGGGAGCUGUGAACAAUGCCGCUUACGAUUUGGUUUCGCCUCUCGGACUGGUUGAGAAGCCAGGAGACGACUCGAGCAUUGGCGUGUACAGUUCAUCGGGUUCAGCAUUGCCGGAAGAAGCAGCAGCCGAAUUUCUACAAUUUUAUUUCAAUUUGUCCGAUAUAGAAGUGCCGGAUGAGUAUAAAAAUGGAUCGAUCGGAAGUUGGUACACACACGAAUUGGAAGGAUUUUUCGAGGCCCAUCCAGAGAUUGAUGUGGAAAAGCGUGGCCCGCUAUUAAAAAUGUUGUGCACUGCGGAUAUGGCUGAUCAUGCAGGUGACGAUUGGUUUAGCGUAUCCGCCAUAGAUCAUUGGGAAACGAACAAAGACUACGAGCUUUGGAACUGGAAAGACAAAACCUAUAGUAGCUUCAUCGAUAUUUUGUUGAAAAAGUAUCCGAAUCCUGAUGAGGAACUUCCCUUUCGAAACAAGACUGUUCUCAAUGCAGAAGUGACGAAAAUCAAUUACAACGAUCCUGAUGGAGCCGUUCGUGUGGUGACUAAAAACGGUGACGAGUAUGUCGCUGAUCACGUUAUCGUCACUCCGUCUCUUGGCGUUUUGAAAGCUGAUCAUGAGAAACUUUUCAAUCCUCCCUUGCCGGAAACCAAAGUCAAUGCGAUUAAGGGUCUGGAGUUUGGAAAUAUCGCAAAAAUUUAUAUGUUCUAUCCAGAACCGUGGUGGCCCCAAAUCGAUGAACUACAGAUGUUCAAUUUUUAUUGGACCGAUGAGGACAGAAACAAAUUUGCUAGUGACCCCAAAAAAUCAUGGCUGUUGGGCCUUCCUAUAGUCGUCAAUGUUGAACAUAAACCAGGCUUGCUGUGCGGCUGGCUCUCAGGCCCCCAUGCCCGAGAAAUGGAAAAUGUACCGGAAGAAGAUAUUUUUAGUGGAAUGAAAGAAAUGCUUCAUCAAUUUUUAGGAAAAACUUUCAAUCUCACCGAACCGUCUGCAAUUUUAAGGACCCAAUGGUACUCGAACAAACACUUCAGAGGUACUUACAGCUAUCGAAGUCCCAAAACUUAUGAAUCUGGUGCAACCGCAGCUCAACUCGAAGAACCAAUAAUGGAGCACGGAAAACCCCGCGUUUUGUUCGCCGGUGAGGCAACUUCUUUGUCCCAAUAUGGAACGGUCAACGGGGCAGUUAGUACGGGGUGGCGAGAAGCUGACAGAUUGAUCCAAACUUACCAACACAAAAAUUAAAAACAAGUGAUACGACAAAUCGUGCUGUUUGUCGACCGGAUAUUCCCCCUUCUCCACAUCUACCCCUUCCAAAAAUAACGUUUAGAAAAUUACAAACUCCUAUUUAGAAUCGCUA